UUCCUUCCUGCACGCCCGGGGAAGGGGUCGCGCCCCCCGCCCCCCGCCCUGAACGAGCCCCUCGGGGACUCCGGGCCCAUUCGCGGGCGCCCCCGGGGCAGCGGGUUAUCUGGCAAGGGACUGCUCCUGGCGGGCGAGGGAGCGGGGCUAGCGGGGUACCCAGGACGCGGCCGCCUCCGCCUCCGGCCCGGCCACCCGGUGCGGCUGGGAGGGCGCUGGGGUUUCCCCGUGUUGCUCGGGUGGGGGGGGUGUCCUCGCGCCCUGACGCGACGCUCCUGGUACUGGGAAACUUGCCUCGGGUUGCAUCAGCGCGGCGGGAUGCGAGCGCUCGAGCCUGGAGCUCCGCGGCCCCAACGCGCUCUGUGAAGAGAUUUGUACCCCGGCGGCCACCAUUGCCGCCGCGCCCGCGGAAGUUUGGUCCCCGCCGGCCGCCGUCGCAGCUGCGCCCGCGGAAAUUUGGCCACCGCCGGCCCCCGUCGCCGCCGCCGCGCCCGCGGAAGUUUGGCCGCCGCCGGCCGCUGUCCUUCCGUCUUGCUUCCGGGAAAGCGCAGGUGUCUGAGGGGUCCGGCGGGCGCGGCGGCGCCAUGGAGCCCCCGAGGCCGGACGAGGAGUGGGACUCCGCCCUGUUCGCCGAGCUCGGCUACUUCCCGGAGGCUGAGGACCCCCAGCUGGACGCGGGGAACGAGCCAUAUGAGAACACUUUUGAUAAUCUUGAUUUCGAUCUGGAUCUGAUGCCCUGGGAGGCUGGCCUCUGGGACCUCAGCAGGCCGCUCUGCACAGUGGACGACAUCAAGACAGAACCCCUGCCCCUGUCCCCGGCCGCCUCGCCUUGCUCUGUUGAGUCUCCUGAGUCUGUUGUCUCCUCCUCCUCUCCCUCCUCCUCUUCCUCCUCCACUCAACACGUGCCCGAGGAGUUGGACCUUUCCGCUGCUUCCCAGCCGUCUCCCCUGUCCCUGUACGGGGAGGGCUCUCCCGUGAAGGAGGACAAGCCGGCCGGGCCGCACGGCAAGCCCGAAAAUGGACCCAUUCCAAAGCGGAAAACACAGAUGAGUUCGAAGCCUUCGAUUCAGCCCAAGCCCCUGCUACUUCCGGCUGCACCCAAGGCCCCGGCGACCGCCAGCGUCCCGGCAAAGGCCAUCCUCAUCCAGACGCUGCCCGCGCUGGUGCCCCUGGCCAAGCAGCAGCCCCUCAUCAGCAUCCACCCGGCACCCCCGAAAGCCCCGACCGUGCUGCUGUCGCCGCCCGCCGUGGUGCAGCUGCAGGCGCCCAGCGUGCUGCCCUGUCCCCCGCCCGUGCUGGCCGUGGCCGGUGGCGCCGUGCAGCUGCCCAACCACGUGGUGAACGUGGUGCCGGUGCCCGGCAGCCCGGCCGGCGGGAAGGUGUCCGUGACCAAGCCCGUCCUGCCCAGCCCGGCCAGGAGCGCCGGCUCCGACCUGGCCGUGCUGCGGCGGCAGCAGCGCAUGAUCAAGAACCGCGAGUCGGCGUGCCAGUCGCGCCGCAAGAAGAAGGAGUACCUGCAGGGGCUGGAGGCGCGCCUGCGGGCCGCGCUGGGCGAGAACGAGCGCCUGCGCCGCGAGAACGGCUCGCUCAAGCGCCAGCUGGACGAGGUGGUGUCCGAGAACCAGAGGCUCAAGGUGCCCAGCCCCAAGCGCAGGGCCGUGUGCGUGAUGGUCGUGCUGGUGUUCCUCGUGUUCAGCUACGGGCCCGCCAGCGUGCUGGAGUCCGAGUCCAGAAGGUCCAGUCCUCUGGGCAGCCCCGCCGGUCAGAGGCGGCACCUUCUAGAAUUCUCCUCCAAGGAGGCGCCGGAAUCAUCAGACGGGGCCAUCCAGAAAAACCGCUACAGGCCCGAGCGCGCCAUGUCGGACAACAAGGCCCUGAUGGUACUCAGCGAGGAGCCGCUGCUCUACAUCCCGCCGCCCCCCUGCCAGCCCCUUGUCAACAUCACCGAGUCGCUCAGGCUGAACCACGAGCUGCGGGGCUGGGUGCACCGGCACGAGGUGGAGAGGACCAAGUCACGGAGGACGGCGGGCCACCUGCACAAGGGCCGCGUCCUGCAGGGCGCCCUGGAGCCGGGCUCGGGGUCGCAGCUCAUGGCCGUGCAGUACACGGAGCCCAGCACCCUCAGGAACCCCGGGAGCGAGCUGCAGGUGUACUACGCGUCCCCCAGGAGCUACCAGGACUUCUUUGAAGCCAUUCGCAGGAGGGGCGACACCUUCUACGUUGUGUCGUUCCGAAGGGACCACCUGCUGCUGCCAGCCACCACCCACAACAAGACCAGCAGGCCCAAGAUGUCCAUUGUGCUGCCCGCGGUGGGCGUGAACGAGCACGUCAUCAACGGGCAGGACUACGAGGUGAUGAUGCAGAUCGACUGCCAGGUGAUGGACACGCGUGUGCUGCACAUCAAGAGCUCGGCCGUGCCGCCGUCCCUGCGGGAGCCGCGCAACCACACGGGCGCCGUCUUCGGCUCGCCGCCCGCCCCCGAGGCCGCGCAGGUGGUCAGCGCCAUCCCCGAGUCCCUGCAGUAGCCCACCCAGCCCGGCCCUUUCCAUGAGGGUCAAUUGGACGCCCUGGGGGGUGGCAGCCGCACACUGUGAGGGGACGCUUCAAGGAAGGUUCCGGGGCACCAAGUGACUUCUUCCUGCAGAGAGGCUGGUCAGCCACGUCAGACGGGGACCCUGAGGGUCAGAGUGUCCCCGGACCCUCUGCUCUGCUCCUCGCCACAUGCCCACACACACGCACACACACACGUAUACAUACACAUGCACGCACAGAUUCAUGCACACACACACAUAUACACACACGCGCACACAUGCAUGCACACAUGCGCGCGCACGCGCACACACACACACACACAAACACACACACACACACACACACACACACACACACACACACACACACACACACAUGAGCACAGUGAGUGCCCGGGGUCUAGGACAGCAAGUUGGGGCCGUUGGGGGCUAAGAGGAGAGGGUUAGUGAGGCUGCUGAAGGCACAAGUUGGGGCCCAGCCCCCCCUCCUGGGGGUUCCACUGAUUCCAGGAUGGCCCUCAGAUAAGGGUCCUUCCCGCGGCCCCCCGCCGCUGCUGGGUGCUCAGGGACACACGGGGCUGGGGGGACCCAGGGCCCCUCCCUCCAGGCCCCACCCCAGCCCUGGGCGGGCCGGACAGUGCCUUGCUGACCCAUGAACUUCACUGCUGUUGGGGCUUCCCUUAGGGGCGAGUUUGCUUUCGGGGGCGGGAUGGGGGGGCUGUCUGGGAUAAUUUAUUACGUUCCAAGUAGGAUUUGGCCAGUUUCCGGGGAGACUAGAGUCAGGAAGGGGGUUCUGUAGCCAGGAUCCGGGUGUGGGUCAGGCCUGCUGGGGGCGAGGGGUUGCUCCCCGGUGACCCCGUGACUCAGGGCCCAGCCUGGCCCAAGCAGGAUGGAGCUGUUGGAGCCUUCUUAGAGCUGCGAGGAGCCUGGGGCGCAGACGACGGCUUGUGCCCGCGACCCCAAUACCAGUGCGAUCCCCUCCCCUCCCCCGCUGUCUUUCCCGACAGCUUCCCAGAACUUUCUAGCACACGAGGAGGAGCUUCUAUAGCCUUCUAGAACCUUCUCCAACCUUCAUCAGGCUGGUUGGGCCUGGACAUGGCUCCACCCACAAAACUUGGGGCCCAGUGGGGCUGCAGCUCCUGCCCCCAGCCCGUGCUGGGGGUCCCUGUGGUUCGCUGUGAUGUUGGGGUGGGGGUGGGUUCUUG